CAGUCGCAAAACUUGAGUUCUUGUAUGUAUUUCACCUGAUUUUUAUCUUUUGGUUUGAUCGCACUUUUCAAAUCCAGUGAAUUUUAUAUUUGAGAGCAAUCAUACAAAACAUUCAAUAUGAAUAGCGGAAAGAAAAUUGACAUCAACCGAUCAACGCUAAUUAGUUUAAAAGCAGAAUUGAGUCGGAAACAAGAAGAGGUGACAGUGGCAAAGACGAAAAAUCAGUUUGCAAAGCCUGUUGAGAAGAAACCGAAAAAAGAAUCAGACAAGAAAGGAAAUGUUUGGGACACAAAGAGGAUCGAGAAGAACAAACAGGAUGGAAUGACCGAGGAGGAAAGAGAGAGCUAUCUAAAAUCAAGGUCUUCGUUGGAAGCAAAAGCCAAGCUGUACGAUGAGCUCUCGUCGCCAAAUGCUUCAAAAUCUGAGAUUCUCGCCGCUCAGCAAUGUCUGCUGGUAGAUUUUAAGCGUAAGCAGCAAGAAAGAGAGCACGAAGAGGGUGAAAUUGGUUAUUAUGAUGAGGUCGACGACACUCCAGCUGGAAAUUACGGAGAUGACGACGACUGGGUCGAGUACACGGACUGUUUGGGCCGCACGAGGAAGUGCCUCCGUACUGACCUGCCAGAUUUGCAGAAGCAGAAUCAAAAGCUGGCAGACUCGCUGGGAAUGCAGGAGGAGACUAAAAGCAGGAGCAACUCUCCAGAGAGAAAGCCGAGGCCUCCAACGCCCCCUUUGGAACAGCAGCUCGUCUCUGGAGAUCUGCAGCGGGAGGCCAUGAGGGAGAAGUGGGAGAAGGAAGAGGCUGAGCUGCGCAAAAAGGAAGAUAUCCAUUACCAAGACAUCCUCUACGACGAGGUCAGAAAUCACGGCGUGAGCUACUAUGCCUUCUCGAAGGACGAGAAGCUGCGAAAGGCGCAGCAAGAUCAGUUGGCCAAAGUUCGAGCCGAGACGAAGAAACAACAAAAGUCGGCCGAGGAGGGAAGGGAGCGGAGGGCGCAGCAGCUCAAGGCGAGGCUCAAGGCGGCGGCCAACAGAAAAAGACUCAGACAGGGACUUCCUCCGCUUCCCGACACAGAUGAGGAAACGGAGAAGAAUGAGUCUGAUGAGGAGGCAGAAAUGGAGCGACUAUUAGGAAAAGGCAGUGAAAAACCACCACAAGAGCCAGAGCCGUUGGUCAGGGAAGUCAGACCUCCACCUGCGGUAGUUAGACCCUGGGACAAAAAUAAAGAGACCUAUGUGAUGUCGCAAGAGGAGUGGAACGAGGCGAAAAGGGCCGAGCGGAAGAACGAAUUUGCUCCUCCGUCCAGUUUCAUCCGCGGAUCUGGCAACAACAGAAGGAGAUCGAGGAGUCGGAGUCCGCGAAGGAGGACGAGCAGCAGCAACAGCAGUAGCGACGACGAGGUGGUUGGUCCUCUGCCUCCUCCAUCCCAGCCACCGCAGGGAAGCAACCCGGAAGAAAGCAUUUUAGCUGGACUGUCGUUCCUCAGAAAACGAGUGGAGGAUAGAUUUUGAUUAUAAAAUGAGAGCAAAGGAAGAGUGAUGUUAAU